CCGAACCAAACAAAGCGUUUGGGUUGUAGCUAGCUUGUUUUCUUUUCGCUGCUCGGGUCGUAGUCCGAAGCGGCAGUAAAUCUCGCGAAUCUCUGUCCUCGGCGGCCGAAGACGAAGGAGACGGAGACAAGAGGAAGCAGAAGCUCUUCUCUCUAUCUCUCUGUCUCUCUGUCUCUCUCUCUCCCUAUAGCUUAGGCGGUGGGGAUGGAGUUGGGGGCUGAGCUGAGAGAGGUGGAGAGGCUGGAAGGGCACGGCGAUCGGGUGUGGAGCCUGGCCUGGAAUCCCGCGCCCGAGAAUUGCGGCCGCGCUCCCGCCAUGCUCGCCUCCUGCAGCGGCGACAAGACCGUCCGGAUCUGGCAGCCAACCUCCUCCGGCGCCUGGGAUUGCUCCGCUGUUCUGGAAGACGCUCAUAAUCGAACUGUUAGGUCCUGUGCUUGGUCCCCUAAUGGAAAGUUGUUGGCGACAGCAAGCUUUGACUCCACAAUUGCCAUAUGGGAAUAUAUUGGUAACGACUUCGAAUGUGUUGCCACGCUGGAGGGUCAUGAAAAUGAAGUGAAGAGUGUGUCUUGGAGUGCUUCUGGGUUGCUGCUUGCCACAUGUGGUCGAGAUAAGACUGUUUGGUUAUGGGAAGUGCAGCCUGGAAAUGAGUAUGAAUGUGUUUCAGUAUUGCAAGGCCACUCACAAGACGUCAAGAUGGUUCAGUGGCAUCCAAAUCUUGACAUUUUGGUUUCUGUUAGUUAUGACAACUCCAUCAAGGUCUGGGCGGAGGACGGUGACAGUGAUGAUUGGCACUGUGUGCGGACCUUAAAUGAAGCAAGCAGCGGUCAUUCAUCAACAGUUUGGGCAUUAUCUUUCAACACUACGGGAGAUAGAAUGGUGACUUGCAGCGAUGAUCUUACAUUGAAGAUAUGGAACACGGGCCUUGAAGAUUAUGAUUCAUGGCGACAUCUCUGUACUCUCUCCGGAUAUCAUGAUCGAACCAUUUUUUCAGUUCAUUGGUCAAGUGAGGGAGUGAUAGCUAGCGGAGCAGCUGAUGACGCUAUGUGUCUUUUUGUUGAGAAUCAGGACCAUUCGGUUGAUGAAGCGCCUUACAUAUUAUUGCUGAAGAAAGAAAAGGCCCAUGACAUGGAUGUGAACUCGGUGAGAUGGAGCCCAAAGGAGCCAAGUCUUUUGGCAUCAGCAAGUGAUGACGGGGUGAUCAAGCUGUGGGAACUAUCACAAGUUUCUUAAUGACUGUAAUAAGCAUGUUGUGGCUCUUCAUGGUUGGACAGUAACAUCUGUUGAACAAAUCAAUCAAUCUUAGAUGUAGAUACUGUGUUAUGGUUAAUGCAUAACGACAUUUAGCUCUGCUUAGGUGUUUCUCGUCAGGUCAAUAACAUGAAUAUAGGAGCUUCUUUUGUUACUGUAAAUGAUUUUUUAUGGUGUUUCAGACAAAUGAAUGUUACAUUGUUUUCCAUCA